UACUCCCUGAGAACUGUGAUAAUGUGUUGAGAAAAUUAGGAGCCCUUUUAUCUCAGAGAUUGCUGUCUAUGUGUGACCAUGAGCUGUUCUGCCUGUAUCAAUUUGGCUUGAUGAAAGUGGUGACUCCUUUGUGAAACAGAGGGCUGAGCGUCCUUAAGGAGAUGAAUGUGAUUAAGCUUGAUGGAUUUAACCCAGUGUCUGCUACUGAAAUGAAGAAAGAUUUAAGAGUUGACCAUAUUAUAAAAGAUAAUCCAAAGUAGUUUAUCUUCUGCUGCAGUCUGAACUAGUAGUUUUGUGUUAUUCCUCAGGGAAUUUUGUGAUGUUUCUUGAUAAAGGGUUAUUUUACUACAUGGUCACCUGUUUAGAAGACUUUCAUUUUUUUUUUUUUUUCCUGUUUAGAAUGGAUAGGAACUGAACUUGCAGUUUAUCUCAUCCUGGAAAUCAGUGUCAGUGUAGAAGAAAGCAGAAGGACUACAUGUCACACUGUAACUUCAAGAUAAUGUGUGCAAGAGUUAACCUCUGGUAAACUCUGGGUGCUCCAGGCUUCUGGCUUAAUGAAACCUUAAAGAACUUGGAACUUUCUUAUCAAGCUAUCACAUGGCUGUCUGCAUAGGCAACACGUUGCCAAAGCUGAGAUAAGGAAAGGCAUCUGAGCUACACCCUACUUGCUUUAAGAGAGGAAACUGCUGGCAGGGAGUUCUUAGGAAGAGCUCUGUAACUCCAUAGGGGACAAUGAAGUUGAAGUAAAUGUUACUGGCCACGGAGUCUUGUGAUCGCUUUCUUUUGGAUAUUCCUGUCACCAGGGAGCAGAUGAACCACUAUCGAGCUGCAGCAGAGACUGCUCAGAGUGAACUAGCAGCACUAACAGUGAAGUAUGACUGUGUCCAUUCAGAGCUUCUUGAACUCAGGUCCAGAAUGAUCUCAAAAGAAACCUCCUUUAAAGAGCUGAAGUCUGAAGCUGAAAGCUACAGGGAAAACAAUGCUAGACAAGCAUCUCUCCUCUUGUCUUUGCAAACUCGAGUUCGGGAGACAGAAGAAGAGUUGAGUGUGCUUGUGGCUACUAAAAAACAGGCUGAGCUGACAGCUCAGGCAGCAUCAAAGGAAAUCUGGGAGCUGAAGGAGAAACUUCAUGAGCAAAAUGCCAGACUUAACAAAUAUUUGAAUGAUUGUGAAGAAAGCAAGACAGAAUCUUAUAAGAUGAGCAGGAAGUAUGAAGAGCUCGUUACACAGCUUUCUGAAUUCUUGGACACAGACAUCAAAGGAAAAGAGAAACCAGAGGAACAUUUAAUGUUAAAGGCUUGUGAAAUAUAUAAAGAAAAUCUGGCACUAAAAGCUCAGGUUGCUGCCCUUCAAGACGACAUCAAUGGCCAUGAAAUGGAAUCCAAGGCUAGUAGAGAAACUAUCAUGAGGCUUGUUUCAGAGGUGACCAAAGAGCAGAAAAAGGCAGCAGGAUACUGUGAAGACAUGGAAAAACUUAGUAAGGAUCUUGAUAGUGCUAAAAUGGCAAGACAGAGUUUGGAAAUGGACAUAAGAAACCUCCAAGAUAAGUUCAAGGCUAACCAGAAAGCCUGGGAAGCCUCGAAGCAAGAACUUCAUAGUCUGAAGAAAUCUUUCAGUGAGCUGGAUGGAAGUUUGAAGAGCAGCAAAGAAGAAGCCAAGACUGCUCAAAGCUCUUUAGAGGCUUUCAGACAGCAAAUCGCUACCCUUCUCAGUAGCAGCUCGCUAACAGUUAUACCCUCUGAGAAGGACAUUUUGAAGAGAGUCCAAGAAAUAAACUCCAAAGAGAAGAGUGAAGAGAGAGUGGUAUCUCAACUUGAAGCCCAAAUAGCUAAACUGACUGAAACUUUGGAAGAUCAAACCAGAUCAUACCAAGAAGCUCUGGAGAGAAGCAGAAAAGUUGAAAAACAAUCUGAGACUUUCCAAGAUCAGUUGAAACACUUGGAAGAGGAGCUGCUCUCUUUAUAUAUGAUACAAGAUGGUUUGAAGCUUGAGAAACAAAAAUAUAUGAAAUUUCUGGAACAACUUAAUGAAAUGAUGAAGCUGAAUAGCAUUGCAGGAGAGGUUGGAUUUGAUAUGAAUGUGAAUGCAAUUCUGGCUCGGGUAGAGCAAUUAGUCAAACUGGAAGGUGAUGCAGUGAUUGAAAACAAGACUGUGACAUAUAGCCUAAGAAGGAAGUUGAAGACUCAGAAAGAAAGACUUGAAAGCAAGGAGUUGCACGUGAAACUUCUGAGGCAGAAAAUAACCCAGCUGGAAGAAGAGAAACAAAUAAGGACAUCACUAGCUAUGGAGAGGGAUGAGGCCAAUCUCACUGUCAGAAAGUUGCAAAAGAUGAUAGAGAGAUUACAGAAGCAGCUUGAUCUGGCAAGGGAAACGAAUACUGAUCUCAAAGCCAAGCUGUCUGAAGCCAAUGAACUUAAGAUCCAGAUUCUAGAGCAGAACAGAACAAUAGAAGAACUUAAUAAGUCUCAAGGCAAAUUGGAAAGAAUGAAGGAAAAAGCCGAGAAACAAUUAAACUCUGUCAAAUCAGAACUUAAUUUAAAGGAACAGAAAGCUACUGAAGAAAAAGAAAAAGCCAAAAAUAUGUUAGAAGUGGUUUCCAGUGAAAUGAAGGUACUUAAAACAAGCCUUGCAGAAUUAGCAAAAAGGGAAAGACAGCUGGCAGACUUCCGAGAGGUCAUCUCACGGAUGCUGGGCCUUGAUCUUGCUAACCUAGCUCUGCCUGACUAUGAGAUCAUUACACGUCUGGAAGGGCUGAUUCACUUUCAUCAGCACCAUUUUAUCCCCUGCGUCUGUGUCAAAGAUGUAACAAGGACAGAAGAUGAGUGCUUGGAUAGAAACAUACAGUUUCUUCAUUGAAACAAACAUUUUUGAGGAAACUAAAAUCAUUUUUUCUUCUUCCCUGCCUACUAGACCAGCAUAGAAAAUAGGUCUUUAUUUUUGUUCCUUCUUCUACAGAUACUUGGGCUGAUUUUCAGUGUUUCAGAGAGACAGUUAACAGCCAGCAUCCUAGGGAGAGCAAACAUAUAAUAUUUUAGACAUGAAAAUGAUGGGCAAUAUGUGAAAAAUGAACAGCUUUCCAAUUCCAGUGCAGAGUCACUGAUGGCGUGAGCUACCAGAGAUCUGUUAACAAUUUGGGCAAAUACUAGCUGGUGAACAUCAGCAUUUGUGAUGUUCCUUGUGCUUUACUUCUUGGGUGACAGUGAUGAAAUGAAGUGGGGGCCAUCCAGUUGCUAUUUCUUUUGCAAAAUGGGACUUCUCUGUGCCUUUUUAUGCAUAAGAACUUCAGUUUCAAGGCACCUGGAAAGCUGGCUGAGGACUCUCAUGGUUUUGGAAAAAGGGAUUUUUUUCUGUCAUUUUUUGCCUUUAGUCUGCUCUUGAGUAAGAACAAAAAGUUAUGCUUUUUCAGCAAAGGCUCUUUCACAGACUCCAGUCACAUGCCUGGUACAGAUAUACAGUAAAAUUAUCUAUAGUAAAAUUGCAUCAUGACACUUUGAAAGUGUUUCUUCUACCUGCUGUGCUCCUUGGACAAUUAAUCCAUAGGCCAAAUAAGCAUCAGUUCUGACUUAAUACAAAGGUAUUAAAAAUACCCUCAUCCAUUACAGAAAAUAGUUUCUAGUCUUGAUUUUUCAGAAAAACCCAGAUGAUAUGUCCAGAAUUACCUUUUAAUCAUAAAAGCUGCUUGUCUAUUACCCUUCCUGAUUGUUAAACUUCAUGAUUUUAAGACUUUCAAACAAUAAAUAUAUUUUAAUAGUACA